GGUGUUGACUUUUCUGCAGGUCAUUUCUAAAAGUAUUGGGGCAGGAAUAAAGGAAAAUUCCUGCACUCAACCAACCAGACAAUGCAUCGCUCAGGGUUUGGCUGCAACAGGUUUGCAUGGUGAGAAAAGGUCCUGGCUGUUUUAAUUUGUGUAAUGAACAGAAGCAUGCCUCGGCGGUAAUGGAUGCCUGCCACCGUGCCGAUGAAUUAUUCACAGCCUGGGGAACCAGAGAGGUGGCCGUCGGGAUCGGAUGGACCCGCUGUGUCAUCGGCCCGCUUUAGUCCGCACGGCUCCUCUUUCGGGUCCCGUCCACCCCAAGGUUCAUGAGAUUCGACCAGGCGGCCACAUGAGAAGUCUGUGGAGGAGAGCAGAGGGCAGAGGCCUUCAGAUGGAGGGGAGGCUGGGCUGCGCUGUCCAUGGUGCUGAAACCACUCUGCAGCUGCAGGGUGGGAAAGUGACAAAUAAAUGGGCUAAAAAUGUGUUUUUCUGUGGGAAUAAGUAUCUAAAUAUAAAAUUAACAUCACAUUUAAAAUCUGUGAAGUUUAACGACGUCUAAAGGGAGUCGAUUGAAAGAUUUUUGCGCACACAGGCCACACAUUCUUAACCUGUAAGUUGAGCAGAGGUGCUGUUGGGGAGGGGAGGAGGAAGAAGAGGACUGAAAGAAGAGGAGGAGUAGGGGGGGCAGAGGGAAGCCGGGAGGCGCAUCCAACGUGAGGAGCUCAUCAGUCUGGUGGUGAGGAGCAGCAGGGCUGUCUGUCCGCCUCCCUCGCCUUUUCAUGUCAGGGGCCACGUUGCUUGCGGGGAGGAUGAUGAUGACCAUGAACAGCAAGCAGCAUUUCUCCAUGCACCCGGCCCUGCACGAGCCCAAGUAUCCUCCCGGCCUGCACUCAGGCACGGAGGGCAUGCGCAGAGUCUGCCUGCCCGCCCCACAGCUGCAGGGCAAUAUAUUCGGAGGCUUUGAUGAGAGCCUGCUGGCGCGGGCAGAGGCUCUGGCGGCUGCUGACAGCAUUGUCUCCCACGGCAAGAGCCACCCGUUCAAACCAGACGUGACUUACCAUACCAUGAGCAGUGCCCCCUGCACCUCAGCCUCCUCUUCUUCCUCCUCCACCACCACCGUGCCCAUCUCCCACCACCACCACCACCACCACCUCGGACAAACCCUGGAGGCCGGGGACCUCCUGGACCACCUCUCCACCAGCCUAGCGGUGACAGGGAUGGGUGCUCCGGAGCCUCCAGGGAUGACCACCUCUGCGCACCACCACCAGCAUCCGCACCCGCACCACCACCUGCAGACCAUGGGGCAACUGCACCAAGCGAUGGCCACCAUGGCCCACCCUCACUCCCUGUCGGUGCACGGCGGCAUGGCGUGCGCCAACGACGUGGAGUCGGAUCCCAGGGAACUGGAAGCCUUCGCCGAGCGCUUCAAGCAGAGGAGGAUCAAGCUCGGCGUCACCCAGGCGGACGUCGGCUCCGCGCUGGCGAACCUCAAAAUCCCCGGAGUGGGCUCCUUGAGCCAGAGCACCAUCUGCAGGUUCGAGUCCCUCACCUUGUCCCACAACAACAUGAUCGCGCUCAAGCCGGUUCUGCAGGCGUGGCUGGAGGAAGCCGAGGCUGCGUAUCGGGAGAAAAGCAGCAAGCCGGACCUUUUCAACGGGAACGAGAGGAAACGAAAGCGCACGUCCAUCGCCGCGCCGGAGAAGCGCUCUUUGGAGGCGUACUUUGCCAUCCAGCCCCGGCCCUCCUCGGAAAAAAUCGCGGCUAUAGCCGAGAAGCUGGACCUGAAAAAGAACGUGGUUCGAGUGUGGUUUUGCAACCAGAGGCAAAAACAGAAACGGAUGAAGUACUCCGCCGUGCACUGAGUUUGACACAUCAUGAAUAAAAUAGCCUGCUACAUUUUUGAUCGAGUGAUUAAUAAUAGCCUAACAGGGAUUUAUCAACAACUCUUCAUCUGGGAUCGUUUCCAAACAGACUUCCUCUCGUUUUCCAUGUGGUGUUACUCACUUCAUUGUUGCACUUUUGGGAAUUUACAAGUGUUACUGAUGGAUGGAUCUAUUGCACACAUUUUCAUGAAAUUCACCAGGACAGUUUGUCACUUUCAGGGAUCAGUUUUUUUUAUUUGUAAAUCGUAGUUUAGAAAUCACAUCUAUUGGCUGCUUCAAUGCGUAAAAGCAUAUAUAUGUAAAUUUUCUUUAUUUUUUGUUGUUGUUGUAAAAUCUGGUGGAGAUCAGACCACGUGCCCCACCUCCUAUAUGCAAAAAUAUACACCAUUAUUUCACUCUUUGUAGAAAUGAAAAUGUUUUAAGGAGAUCACUUCUUUCUAUCACUGCUUUUGCAAAAGAAUCUGUCCUAUUUGUAAACUGUGUGUUCGUGAUUUCUGCACACAAAAGUGACUAUUUAAACAGUAAAUCUCUCACACCAUU